AGCAAUGUAUCGGACGGACGUCGUUUUCGACUUUUUUAUUCCGUCAUGCAAUAAUUUUUGUCAUUCAUGAUUUCGUCGAUAAAAAAUAUUUUAUAUGCUCUCACCUAUGUGAACAUUAGUUGAAAUAUAUAUAAUAAUGUGUUAGUAUUUGAUUUCGCGUAGUUCGUAUUCGUAGUUAUAUAUGAUAGGUGUGUGACAAGUUCGGUAAUGGUGGCCAUGUCAUGAAAAUCCCAACAGCCAUGGAUGAUAGCUCCGUGUCUCAUCACAACGGAGGGCAAGUGGGAUCUCAAAUUGGAGUCAGUGUAAAUAACAAACAGAAUGACGAACCUAGCCAAAGUGUCCAGUAUUCGAUACCGGGCAUCUUGCAUUUUAUUCAACACGAAUGGGCGAGAUUUGAGCUCGAGAGAUCACAAUGGGAGGUGGACAGAGCUGAGUUUGAGGCACGGAUCGCCUUCCUCCAAGGAGAGAGGAAGGGCCAGGAGAAUCUAAAAAAUGACCUCGUAAGGCGGAUCAAGAUGCUUGAAUAUGCAUUAAAACAGGAAAGAGCUAAGCUCCAUAAACUUAAAUAUGGAGUAGAGCUUCAACAAGGUGAUAUGCGUCCACCACCUGAAGAACUUCCAGCAGAACCUGAGCCAGCAGAGAGGGCACAGUGGAAGCAGGGACAACAACUAAUUAAACAGUACUUGCAGGAAAUAGGUUAUACAGAUACAAUUCUGGAUGUGCGCUCGAAUAGAGUGCGAACCUUACUGGGGCUGAAUAAUGAAGAGCAAGCAGAGGAUCCCAAUUACAGAAAUUAUGAUAAACAACAGCGUGAUAGAUAUGAGAUUUGCAGUAGUCAUGCCAUGAACUCUAUGGGUCGAAAAUAUGACUAUGGUGGUAAAGAACCACGCAAGAGUGGUGUGAAUACUGGCGGUGGAUACAAUGAAGAAGGGUUAUCAGUGCAGGAAACAGCUGCUGUCUUUGCUAACUUUGAAUUUCUGGCUAGUCAGGAAAUGGAUAUGGAUGAGAUUGAUGAUCUGGAUGCCAAGCAACCACAUCAUGCAACAGGCAAACAAGGUGAAGAGGUUGACCAUGAAGCUGAAGAGGUUCUGAAUGAACUAAACCUACUGACAGAAAGUGAAGCUGAUGGCGGUGGACAAGGUGAUGAAUAUCCAGUUGGUAAAUUUGCAGGUGGCGCGGGGGUGGUGGGGGGAGUAGUGUCGGCCGCAGGGGGCGCGGGCGAGGCGGACGAAGAGCCCCUGGCGUUGGGCGAGCUCGCUCAGCUCACCGUCAGCAACGAACCAGAGGCUUACGACGUCGCCAGCGCCAACAAGGAGUCUUUCCGUAAAACAUGGAACGCAAAAUAUACGUUGCGUUCUCACUUCGACGGGGUGCGUGCGCUCGCGUUCCACCCGACGGAGGCGGCGCUGGUGACGGCGUCGGAGGACCACACGCUCAAGCUGUGGAACCUGCAGCGCACGGUGCCCGCCAAGAAGUCGGCCGGCCUCGACGUGGAGCCGCUGUACACGUUCCGCGCGCACUCCGCGCCCGUGCUCUGCCUCGCCAUGGGCGCGCCGCGCUCCGAGGAAUGUUUCUCAGGCGGGCUCGACGGCACCAUCCGCGUGUGGAACCUGCCGCCGCCCACCGCCGAUCCGUACGAUCCCUACGAUCCCGCCGUUCAGGGCCCGGUGCUGCGCGAGCACAGUGACGCGGUGUGGUCGGUGGCGGCGUCGCACGGGCGGCUGCUGUCCGCGUCGGCGGACGGCACGGCGCGGCUGUGGGCGCCGCGCGCGGCGCGCCCGCUGCUGGCCACGCUGCGCGACGACGCCGUCGCCGCCGCGCCCGCCGCCGCCGACUUCGCGGACGCGGGCGCUCGUGCGGCUGUCGUCUACCGCGACGGCACGCUGCUGCUCUACGACCUCGAGACCUCACAGACGGUGAUGCGCGUGUCGUGCGACAGCCCGAUGACGCGCGUGCGGUCGCACCCGACGCUGCCGCUGCUGGUGACGGCGCACGAGGACCGGCACAUCCGGUUCUGGGACGGCGUGUCGGGGCGCUGCGCGCACGCGAUGGUGGCGCACCUGGACGCCGUCACGGGGCUGGCGCUCGACCCCAACGGCCUGUUCCUGCUGUCCGGCUCGCACGACUGCUCCGUGCGCCUCUGGAACCUCGACACCAAGACCUGCGUGCAGGAGAUCACGGCGCACCGCAAGAAGUUCGACGAGAGCAUCCUCGACGUAGCCUUCCACCCGCUGCGGCCGUACAUCGCCAGCGCCGGCGCCGACGGUCUCGCCAAGGUCUUCGUCUGAGCGCACUCCGACUAUAUAUAGUAUAUAUAUAUAAUAAAUACAUGUAAUUUUACUUUCGAUACGAACUCUAUGUUACGCAGUAGCGAGUCGCGUCAUCGCUCGUAGACGGGCGACCGGUACUCUCGGAUUAUGUGUCUAGUCCCUUCGGUACGGUUAUGAAUAGCGACGUAUCCGCGAUUCGACGACUGCCGUGUGUACGGACGGAGCCGCCGGUUCGUUUUAUCGUAUUUAAAUAUUGUAACGUAAUGGACGCGCGCUCGAUGCUCGUUAUAAGCGCGUAGUGAACACUCAUCUAUGUAUAGACAUUUGAAAUCUAUUAUAAUAUAUUUUUAGACUUUCAUUAUGUGGACUUUAGGUUUUUAUCACGACUUUUUCACCGAUUUCACGAUACGCAGUGAGAAUAUUGUUCGUUUAAUAUUGCAUCUGUAAGCCAUGCCUUGUAAUAAAUAACUUGUGGAUACAGACUAUGUUUCCUUUAUGCGUUUUUAUGUUUUACAUGUCUGUACAGUUAGAUGUUAUGCAGUAUUUGCUAAUCUCACAGAGAUCGAAUAGUGUUUCUUUUUAGCUAGUAUGAUUUAUUUAAAUCGAUUGGAUUUCUAUAGCCAUAUUUUACUUUGUUUUGUGACAUGUACGAAUAUGCUCUCGUUAAUAAAUAAUUUGUGCAGAUGUUCAGAUGAUGAGCGAUCGAACAAAAAAUAUAUGAUUGAGUAGAAGUACUAUAUCGAAAAUAACAUAAGUAAUGUUUGUUCAUAUGAGUACUGCGAUGUAGAAUAUAUAUUAUAAAACAUUA